GAAAUAUGAAUGGGCAGUAACUAGCCAGAGUCAAAUGAAAACUUUGUGAACUGAAGACGAUGAGAAUGCCACGGCGCGUGCACAGCAGUCAUAUAAAGUGCGAGUCGCUUCGCCGAGUGCAAUCAUUUCAAGUCCAAUAGCCUUCGGUCAAGAUGUUAAGGAACGAGGUUUUCGCGUGUUUUGUUUUCUACAGCACGCUGCUGAUCUUAAAGAUGUACACACUGGCAGUUAUUACGGGACAAGUACGACUUCGGAAAAAGGCGUUUGCAAACCCAGAGGACGCUCUCAGGCAUGGGGGAAUAGAGUAUAACCGGGAAGAUCCGUACGUGGAACGGUGUUUGAGAGCGCACCGAAACGACAUGGAAAACAUCUACCCUUUCCUCUUCCUGGGCGCUAUCUACUCCAUGAUUGGUCCCUCCCUGUCAGUGGCCAGAGGUCAUUUCCUGGUCUUCUUCCUGGCUCGCAUCAUGCACACCAUCGCAUACCUGUUUGUUUUUCGAGCACCGAUUCGAUCACUAUCCUACACCAUCGCCCAGUUGCCUUGUGUCUCCAUGGCAAUUCAGAUCAUCAUUGCCGUGGCUGCAUACGCAUAACAUCUCAGAUCUCUGUAGCGGGAUCCCACCAUAGUUUGUACUGUUGCCUUUGGAGGCAAAGAUCUGCUGCAUGAUAGACUGAAGAUCUCCCCAUCGGAAACAUGGCCACACUACAAAGCAGCAGAUCUUGUCACCAUUAUUAGACUAGACAUUAGGCUAGAGAGUAGGUAGUAGAUAGUAUCUAGUAGAUAGUAGUAUACUAGAUGUUAGCCUCAUCAGCAUUGUAUCAUCCACUGCUGUUUGAUUUUUGUACUUGCAAUAGAAUCCUAACAGGUCAUUUGAAGAGACUAUCAGAAUGUAAUGAUGUAUGUUGUUUUUUCGAUUUUAUAGCUUUUAUAUGAUGAUAUGAAGGUCAUAUGAAGGUAAUUUUUAUCUUCUCAAGUUACACUACAGUAUUGAUGUUGCCACACACAUUAGCCUGGAGUUGGAAGUUCAUGUUCUUCACGGUGCCAGCAUGACCAUGUGUUUCCUGUCAACCUGUUUACAAUGCACUUACCACCACCUUAUGGAAACUCACCAAGCCCAUAAAUGGCCAGUUACCCUACUGGAGAUGUUGACACAGCCCUAACCCCCUGCUUUUGUGCGUCGGGGCUGCUUGGUUUGGCCUGUGAAGUCUGCCCUUUGAUAGUCAGUGGAGCAUUCAGCCUGCAUUCCCCAAACACACACACACACACACGUACACACAGACAAUUGCUGGCAGACCUUCAUAAUGGGACUGAAUUAUUGGAGUCACACGGACACUCAAUGCUCCAUGCUAAGCAUAACAAUACUGCAUGGCCAUGUAAGGUUUUGGAAAAACCAUUUGUAUUGUGUCAAAAAGAAUCAAUCUUGUGGUGUCUGAAUGGAAUCUUAAACUCUGCCCAACUUUGUUGGUGUAAUUGUGUUAAGGUCUGUGGUUCAGUUAUGAAGAAUCAAGCUUUUAAAAUGUCAUUCCCAUUUCUCUUUUGUGCCUUAGAUUGUGGAAGAUUUAGGAAAUGAACAGACUGAACUAAUUCUGUAUUUAACUGAUAUAUUUAUAUGGUUUAUAUUGUCAGACAUUUGUGCAAAUGACUCCAAUAACAUAAAUUAUUUAAUUUUUUUAAACCUGUGA